AUGGGCCUUACUAACACUCCCUCCGCACCACCUAGUCAACCUGCGACGGAGACCCGGCCCCAGGGAGGCCGAAAGGGCAACCGCCCCGAGGAGGAGCUGCCCGCUCUCGACAAGAAUACCGGCGGUGCCAGCGCUCCCAACGGUGUCAGCGGCUUGGUUCCGACCAGCGAUAUGAAGAUGCCGGGUGUCACGCCGGGCACCGACGAGAAGGAGAGCCUGAAGAUCAAGAUCCAUCUUAACCUGCAUGCCCGCGUGCGUCUCGAUCUGGAUGCCCAGAUCUAUGGCGAUGUGGUUAUCGGUCUGCUGUAA